AGGUGAACGCGCACCGCCACAAGACCGCGCACGUCGGUCAGAAUUAUUUAACGGGGCACGAGCACGUGCGCGCAACCGUAUUCUUUGUGUGGCAGCGUAGUGAAGCGCCAAAAGAGUGACCAUGGCUGAUGAAAAACCAAAGGAGGGCGUCAAGACAGAAAAUAACGAACACAUAAACCUGAAGGUGGCAGGACAGGACGGAUCUGUCGUGCAGUUCAAGAUCAAAAGGCACACGCCGCUCAUCAAACUCAUGAAGGCCUACUGCGAGAGACAGGGACUGUCGAUGAGGCAAAUCAGGUUCAGAUUUGACGGACAGCCAAUAAAUGAGACAGACACACCAGCACAGUUGGAAAUGGAAGAUGAGGACACGAUCGACGUGUUCCAACAACAGACGGGGGGCCUGAUCUAACCAACCACCGGUGCCACCUUUUUUUGCUUCCAACAUGACCGACUUCCCCCAGCCCACUAAAAAAACCCAUCGGCUGGUUCUUUGCAACCCGUCUGACAGUCUCAACAGAACCCUUUGCAGAAGAGGUCUUCAUUUCUCUGCUUCACAAAACUGCUGUAAAGAAUUUCUAUCCAUACCCCUGCCACUGUUUUAUUUUUAUUAUUUUUUUCGUCUUUGUACAUAAAUGACACCCUGAAAAUAUUGCAUUGCUGUAUUGUGGUAAAUUUGUAGGAGUUCCCGUCCCAGCUUGAAGGUUUGUUCUGCAUAUACGCUCCGAAAGAUAUUCAGGGGCAGGUAAAAAUGAAAGUCUGUCUGAACUGGUUAAAUACUGUCUUUGCUAGGCUCAUUAGUAAUUGUCUAGCAAAUCUGUUAAGCUGUUCAGUUUGGGGGACUGGCUGUCACUUAGUGAGCAGCACAUCCAUUUUGGGAACGUUGCUUGGUUGCUGUUCAACUCUGUAGUCAGGGGAAAAAAAUAUAUACUUUUUAUAUUGUACUGGAUGUUAAGAAAACUCAUUUUACUUCACCACUUCACACUUUUGGGAAGGCUGAAAGGAUGUUUCAGUUAAAUAUACAUCUGUAUUGUCUAUUAAAAUGCCUGUUAAAAUAAAGUUAUUGUUCUUUUUUUUUCCCCC